AUGGAAGGAGUGGAUUGUGCCCACUUGUCACACAAAGAAUGCCCAGACUCUCAGCAAAAACGGUUCUCGAUAUCUGUAUUCUGUCCCGAAGGCAAGGACGAAGAAUGGAACAACAUCAACACGACGGUUCAACAAAGAGUCAAAAAACUAAACAAAAAGUUCCACAAAGACAUUGCUGUUGAUGUCGUCAAGACAAACGUGGCCGAUAAGACCGUGGAUGAGAGCGCUUCUGAAGAAGUGCAUAUGGACGCCCAACCACAGAAAAGAAGAAAACAGACGCAUCGAGAACGACGUCUCAGAAGAAGACUCUUGGAAGCAAACCAAGAGCCACACAGGGUCCACCACAGACAUUAUUUUAGAAUCAGAAAUAACGAGCAGCUUCAAGCAGCAUUGCUUCUUGUUCUCUACUUUAUCUUCCUGUUCUGUGUCAGUGCAAUUAUCACAUUAGUGGUGCUUAUUCUUUUAAUUUAA